AUGCCACCAUCCUGUCACCCGUGCGUGGCCAUGUGUGUCCCCAUGGAGCCGCUGUCCCUGCUGCUGGCGCUGUCCCUGCUGUCCCCAUGGGGGUCUGCUGGAGGGAGCUGCCCCCCGCGCUGCGUCUGCGCCUCCAACUUGCUGAGCUGUUCGCAGGCCAACCUGAGCGCGGUGCCGGCGCCGCUGCCGCGCUUCACCUCCGUGCUGGACCUGAGUCACAACAACGUGACACGGCUGCGCGCAGACUGGGCACCGGCACGGCUGCCACACCUGCACGCGCUGCUGCUGAGCCACAACGGGCUGGCCUUCGUGUCCACCGAGGCCUUCACCCACGUGCCGCGCCUGCGCCACCUCGACCUGUCCUCCAAUCGCUUGCGGACGCUGGAUGAGAACCUGUUCAGCGACCUGGGUGAGCUGGAGGUGCUGCUGCUCUACAACAACGAGAUCAGCACGGUGGAUCGUACGGCCUUCGAGAACCUGGGCCGGCUGCGCAAGCUCUACCUGGGACAGAACCGCAUCGCCCGCUUCCCGCUGGAGCUGCUCCGGGAGGGCACCCGGCUGCCGCAGCUGGCGCUGCUGGACCUGUCGGCCAACCGGCUGCGGGCCGUGCCCGCGGGCGAGCUGCAGGCGCUGCCCGCCUGGCUGCGCGACCGCCUCUACCUGCACAACAACCCCCUGGCCUGCGACUGCCUGCUCUUCCAGCUGCUGGACCGCGGCCGCCGCCGCCACCUCAGUGCCGUGGAGGAUUUCCAGGAUGAGCUACGCUGCUUCCUGCCCGGAGCAACCGCUCUCAUCAAGAUCCUGGACCUGGCGGGCAAGCAGCCUCUCAACUGCAGCAAGGCACAGGAGGCCGUGCUGGAGGCACACCUCGGGGACAGUGUGACGCUGGGCUGUGACAGCCGGUGGCAGGGUGUGCGCAGCCGGCACUGGGUGACACCGGGCGGGGAGCGGGUGCUGGGGGAUGGGGGCAAUGGCAGCGUGGUCCUGCUGGCCAACGGCAGCCUUCAGUUGCGGGCGCUGCGCCCUGAGGAUGCUGGCACUUACUCCUGCUGGGUGGCUGGACCCCUCCUCAAUGAGACCCUCUACGUGGAGCUGCUGGUGCACAACUUCACCCUGCAUGGCCCUCACGACACCCUGAACACGGCCUACACCACUCUGGUGGGCUGCAUCCUGAGCGUGGUGCUGGUGCUCAUCUACCUGUACCUCACUCCGUGCCGCUGCUGCUGCUGCCGUGGCACCGAGAAGCCACCGGCACCACGCGACGACAGCAUCAACUCCUCAGUGCUGAGCACCACCCCGAACCACGCCGGGGGCACCGGGGAGCCCUGUGGAUCCCACAUCGCCUCCAGUGCUGGCACAGGGCAGAAUGGCAGGUUCAAGGGUGGGGGGACACCCUCACUGCCCGCCCGGCAGGGUCCCAAGGCGCAGAGGAAGGUGUCGGAUCCAGACUCUGUGAGUUCUGUCUUUUCCGACACGCCCAUCGUGGUGUGA